GGGAAACCGCGGCUCCAUCUGUACCCGUGAAGGGGAGAUGAUUUGCUGAUACUAUCUUUUUGGCGCUGUCCGGAUCUUCCUCGUUGUCGUCACACGUCCUUCGGUUCCCUCCUUCGUUUGGUUGCGGUGGCCCUACCCUUCUCGUUCCUCCAUGCUCCCCCUUCCUUCACCCAGACUCGGCGAACUCGUGUGAUUUUCGGGCCCUCUUAUGUAGCACGCGCAACAUAUCAUACAAGAGAUUGUGGGUCGAAUUGGCCCCCUCACUCUGCUCCUCCCUUUGAUCCUGUCUCUUUGCUGUUUGGCCUGUGCCUCCGCCGGUCCUCUACACUUAGGCCCGCCCGUUCCCUCCUCAAGCCCCACCACAACGGCCAGUAGACGUCUCCUUAACGACACCAAUAACAGGAGCUGCCAAGCCCGGAGCCGCGACGUUUGGAAGAGCCUGGAGCUUGUCUAUGGUGGCUGGUAGCGGAAGGUGACCAUCUUACUGCCCUUACGAUCCCUAUGGAGUCAAUUGUUUUCGCAAAUUCACCUCUUGCCGAGUACCUUGAAGGUGUGUUGAGAAAUUCAAAUCCGUUCUCCUCAACGCACUCUGUUCUUGAAUUACUCUGCUGACUGCGCUCGCAUAAACAGGGAAUGGUGAGAACGAAGCCUCCUGGGGCAUCGAACUGUCGAGUCCGCAGGUGGCGAGAGAGAGUCAGCCAAUAUUCGCUCCGCCACUGACCUCUGUCACCGGUCGUUUCAGGAAAAAAGGGUUGAAGCCCUUGAAGUUGAGCGAUCCCGGUUGGAGCCGAAAGGCAAAGUUUUACGAGCUCUUUUCUGUAUGUUAAUUUUCUAGUGAUUCGUUUCUCCGCUGCCCUUUUUAACGCCUAUGGUUUCCCUUGUUGACCCCCGGCACUUGCCGAGAAUUGGUGACUGAUCUUUUUUGUAGAGAGCUGUCGAUUCGAGAUUGAGCAGGAGUGAGAAUUCUAAAUUCCUCGAACGCUUCCGUUAUAUCAUUGUCGCAUCGCAGCUUUUGAACGAACACGUAAACGUCUCCCAUUACGAUCGGAAGUCUGGCCCGGGUCCGUUUUCUCUGGAUGGGGAUGCGUCAGCAGAUAUCUUUGGCCCACAAUAUGCGAAGAGCAGAUAUUGGGCCGGUAGCGGGGGUUGUGUUUUGGUUGUGUCUCUGCUGUUAGCGUGGGUAUUGAGAGGUGGCAAUGGAAGAAACGGGGUUAGCAAAGGCCGGGCGAUAGCGGCCUUGUUGUUAUCGGUGAUGGUAGCGAUCUCCCUUUUUGCCCAUGCAAGGCGUAGGUGGCUGCGCUCUCUACGAGCGAAAGCUAUAGAGAUUGCUGCUUUGUUUGUAGAGAAUAGCCAGACAUUUGAUGUUUUGGCAUCGAAUGCCGUGACUCUUAUCCAAGAGGUGGAGCUUGUUUCCAGAGGAUAUAGGCUGUGAGUUUCCAUCCCUUUUAUGAUAUUUUUUCUCUAUCGAACUCAAGUUUGAUACUGUGCGAAUUACCCCUGACGAAUCAUUUCAGGAGCACACCUUUACCCCCAAUAACUCGAUUAGAAAGGGAUAGUCAGACUAGACGAUGUGCUCGAUUACGCCGUUCGGUACUUUCUGCACUUAGCCUGGGAAUACCACCGCAUAUCCGAGCUUGCAUAUCUCUCCGACAUCUGACUCAGGAAAUCGAUCUGGAGAAGUACUACGAUAUAUAUGAUAUCCGUAGAGAAGACGUGCAAAACAUUGAGGCCGGAAUAGAUAAUGGAGAAUUUGAUGAUAUGGAGAGCCUUAAAGCAUUGAAGGCGUUGGUUCAUCGACUCCAUACCGUUAGGAGGAUAUUUCUGUGCUGCUUGUUAGCUUUGGAAGCUGAUGGCCGCCACGCCGACUACAACAAGUGGCGCAUUACUGUCGAGCAUUUGAGGACGCUUGGGAGCCUGGCUGGGGAGCUGGGUAGCGAGAUCAAACGUAUACUUGGAGAAGAAGAGCGUAUGCAUAUAUCCCCCUGUCUAUGCUAUAAUCAUGCGGUUGAACUAAUCUGUUACAGAAUUCUUUGUACCCCCAACCCCCAAAUCACCUAUUUCUCCCGAGAAUGAGCGCUAUCGCGGGCAGCUCCGAAAGCUCAAUUCCCUUUCCCAGGCUCUCAGGGGGCUUCAGGCUAAGAUGCACGUCCUCCGAGAGGAAUCAGAUCGUACUUUGAAGGAAUCUACAGAUCUAGUCGAUUUUGGUCCCGAUCUGCUCAUUCACUACGACUCCAUUGGAGCGGACUUGCACGCUCUUGUCAGUGAAUGGGAGGAUGGACGCACCUUUCUUGCGAUGAGCCUUGACCGGAACGCUAGUUCUCCGCCCUCAAAAUCUCCCGGAUCUGUUAGUGGAACUACAUUAAUAGGCGACACUCCUAGGAAUUCCCUAUUGCUCGGGAAUGGUGGCACUGGGUGGGCAGAUGAUGCAGGGUUCGGUUUGUUCUCGCCGACAACGGAGGAUAGAGAACACCUUUCCGAAGACGAGCAAGUGUUUGAGGCUGUUGCUGAGCCUAGGCCCCGGAGUAUGAUGACACGGGAUGAACGCAUUCUCAAGGUGCAAGAGGAGAGAGUAAGAAUUGCUGAACAUAAGAAGAAAGCUGAGGCUGGGUUAGCACUUCAGAGGGAGUUACAAGCAGUGCUUAUCAAUCGCCCACCAUCGAAAAGAAAGCCCGCAGCAAGCCGUAAUAUCAGCACUUAGACAUUCGUUAUCUUGGCUGGCUACUGCAGUCGCUCCGGACGUCCAACCCUUUCCCCGACUGUGCUGUCACGAUUUCUUCAUUCCUUCCAUCUUACUAGACUGCAUACCCAUGGAUGUUUAUUCUAUCAUCUUGAUGGGUUUGCUUUUUUUCCUUUGUCAGGCAGCGACGCGCGCUUUGCGAUAUUGUAUUUGGAACGUAACGAUUUAUGGCCGGGAAUGCCUACGAUUUGAUGAGGAAAAUCAAAUUAUACCCCUCCCCCGCAGCACGCUGAGACUUUCCCCUUGUUUUGUUGUGGAUUGCUCGGUUUGCCCCUUUGUGUUUAUGCUUUUCUUUGUAGCUUCCCGUUUUCCGUAUCAUACUUUGCAGCUUUACAAAUUUUUUUUCCUCUCUCCUACUUCAAAUUGUAUAAUUUAGUCGAUAAUCCCGCCUCUAAUCCCCC